AUGAAUGAUUUCCUAGAUACAUGCGACUACGUGAACUGUAACGAUGAUGCAUGUGAAGGCGGUGGAUAUCUUCUAUGGACUCAAUACGUGGAAUGUGCUCCGAAUACUGUUUCGAGAGUUUUCAUUAUAAUUUCUGCAGUCCUUUAUAUGUUACUUCUAUUCCUUAUGGUCAGCUCUGCAGCCGAUGAUUUCUUUUCUCCAUCCAUUUCUUCCAUUGUUGCUCAUUUGAAAAUUAGUGAAUCUGUUGCAGGUGUCACAUUCAUGGCAUUUGGUAAUGGAGCUCCAGAUGUUUUCGGUUCAAUUGCAUCAGUUCUGAGUAGUCCAACUCCAAAAGCAGAUCUUGCUCUCGGAGAACUAUUCGGUGGAGGUCUUUUUGUCACGACAAUGGUUGUCUCUACAAUCAUUUUAACUUCUCCUUUCGAUGUAGAAGUAUUCAGUACAAUCCGUGAUCUUCUCUUCUAUUUAAUCGCUCUUUCUUUUCUUGGUUUCUGCUUUAUUUUCUAUAAUCGAGUCACUUUGUGGAUGCCUUUGACAUUUCUGGGACUAUACUUACUGUACGUUCUGACAGUAUUUGGAGCUCAAGCAGUUCAUAAUCGAAAGCGGAAAGCAAUUCAAAAGAAGAACAGUACGAAGAGUAAAAGAAGUCAGAGAAGCCGAAAAAGUGUUCAUAGUAUUGCUCCGAUGCCAGUUAUUCCUGAAAUUGAAGUGCAGGAACAAACAGCCCCAUUUCCCGAAAUAUCAGUUGUUACGGGAGCAAUUGACAAACUGAAAGAACACAUGGCUGAGAAAGCUCAAACGCCACGAAGAUACACGAAAAGAGCUUCAUUCUUGGUGAAUGGAGAUGGAAAUGUGAAUCAUUUGCAUCCAUAUUCAAAGAAUAAUCAUUUGGGAAUUUCGAGACGAGAAAGCGAGUUAUCAAAUGAAGAUGAAGAAUUCGUUGUUAUUCAUGGACAUGUAUUUCAAGGCCAUGAAGCAAGAAGUAGAGCUGCUAGUCUUGUUCCAGAACCAAGAAAAAUCAGUAGUUGGCAAUCGAGAGGAAUCAUAACUGAUCUGGUGGAACACUUGGAUCCACGUCCUGAUGCCGAGGACUGGGAAGAGAUGAAUAUUUUCUCGAAAGUUUUAUCCUACAUAAAUGUAGGUCCCGUCUUCUUAUUCAGACUGACAAUUCCAUUGAACGAACAAAUUUUCCUGAAAUCUCCGUUUUCUGGUAGUCCGGGAUUGUGGCUCUAUGGAUUGGCAGUUUCCGUCAUCAUUUCUGGUUUUUUGAUAGUUUUCACGGAGUUGGGAGUUCAGCCGAAAUAUUACAAGGAAAUUUAUUCAUACGCAGGAUUCAUAAUGUCAAUUGCAUGGAUUUAUUUGAUAUCAUCAGAAGUUGUAAACGUGGUGACAAUGUUGGGAGUAGUGUCAAGAGUAUCACAUGAAGUACUUGGAUUGACGAUUCUCGCAUGGAGUAAUAGUAUUGGAGACCUGAUUGCUGACGUGUCUGUUGUGAAACAAGGUUAUCCGAGAAUGGCGAUGGCUGCUGCUAUUGGAGGACCGUUAUUCAAUCUAUUGAUGGGAUUCGGAUUACCAUUUACAAUUGCAAAGUUGCAAGGAAAAUACAUUUCGUUUCCUCAAAUGAAACAAUGGAUAUUUAUUGUUCUGAUUCUUUGUUUUGUUAUCAAUGGAUGUGAUGGAUGGCAAGCGAAUUUAGGGAAAUUGGUUAGAAAAUGGAAAGUGGCUGAAGAAAUUGAUGAGUGUAUUCCUGAUGAUAGUGAUCAAUGUACAGUUCAAGGAAAUUGGUCAAGCACACAAGUGUGUUCCUAUGUCAAAUGUAAUGAUGACAACUGUGAAGGCGGUGGGUAUUUACUAUGGACUCGAUACGUGGAAUGUGCUUCCAAUCCAACUGUUCGUAUUCUUUUGAUAAUUGUUGGUGUUAUCUACAUGUUAUUCCUCUUCAUUAUGGUCAGUUCGGCAGCUGAUGACUUCUUUUCUCCCUCUAUUUCUUCCAUUGUUGCGCAUCUGAGAAUCAGUGAAUCUGUUGCGGGUGUUACAUUCAUGGCUUUCGGAAACGGGGCUCCAGAUGUGUUCGGAGCAAUUGCAUCAGUUUUGAGUAGUCCAACUCCGAAAGCAGAUCUUGCUCUCGGAGAACUAUUUGGAGCUGGACUAUUUGUCACAACUAUGGUUUUAGCAGUCACAAUUUUCACAAGACCAUUCAAAGCAGAGGUAUUCAGUUCGAUUCGAGAUAUUGUUUUCUAUCUCAUUGCUCUCUCGUUUCUUGCACUUUGUUUUGUUUUUUACGAUCAUGUCGAAUUCUGGAUGCCAAUUUCCUUCCUUGGAAUAUAUCUCAUCUAUGUUUGUACAGUAAUCCUCUCCCAAAUUCUUCAUAAUCGUCAGAAAAGGGAAAGAGAAGAGACGAUAGUGAAGUCAGUUGAUGUGAUAUCGGUUAUUAGUUUGGAUGAUGAUGAAGAUAUCUAUAUAAGUCACGGACAUCACAUCCUUCAUGCACAUGAAGUUCAGAAAAUAGAAGCAGCCAUCGAAACAGCUGAAAUUCUGAAGACGUGGUCGUUUGGAGGUAUUGUAGGAGAUUUGAAAGAGCAUCUGAAACCAUGGCCAAACGGAGAAGAUUGGAAAGAAAUGAAUGUUUUUCAGAAAACAAUUUGUAUUGUGAAUAUAAUUCCAACAUUUCUUUUCAAACUCACAAUUCCUCACAACGAACAGCCCUGGUCCAAACCAAUAUCUCUUCUUCAUUGCCUAAUUUGUCCAGUUUUUCUUCUUUUCUGCAUUCAAGUUUGUUCGAUUUCUCCAUUUCCUAAUUCUCCCGGUCUUUGGCUUUACGGAUUGAUUCUUUCUACUUUGCUGAUAGUAAUCGUAUCAGUGUUCACUGAAUUGCACAAAGAACCAGAAUUUUAUAAAGGAAUCACUUCAUACGCUGGAUUCUUGAUGUCAAUUGCAUGGAUUUAUUUGAUAUCAUCAGAAGUUGUAAACGUGGUGACAAUGUUGGGAGUAGUGUCAAGAGUAUCACAUGAAGUACUUGGAUUGACGAUUCUCGCAUGGAGUAAUAGUAUUGGAGACCUGAUUGCUGACGUGUCUGUUGCUAAACAAGGAUAUCCGGUGAUGGCAAUGGCCGCUGCAAUUGGUGGUCAAUUAUUUAAUCUUCUGAUUGGAUUCGGAUUACCGUUUACCAUCGCUAAAAUUCAAGGAAAAUCAAUAUCAAUGAUAAUCAAUCCAACGUAUCGUCUUCUCAUGAUAUUCCUUGGAAUUUCUCUAGUCUUCACAUUAAUUGCAAUGUUCGCUCAAAAGUUCUUCUUACGACGUAUUCAUUCUUAUUCACUUGUCUUCAUUUAUAUUGCAUUCUUUGUAUUUAUUGGCCUUUCUCUUGAUGGUAUACUGGUUUGGAAUUGA